AGCUGACUUGCCGGCAAAUGAAAACAUUGAAUAAUAUUUCGAAAGCAUGCUGAACUUGUCCGUGGUGCUCCGAGUGCAAUCCUCGCGCCAUGUGGCUUCAUAUGCCACAGCGGCGGCAGUUAAGACUCAAACGAAGCCACCAAAGGCAAAGUCCUCGAGGGACAAGGGCAAAAAGCAGAAGGAGGAGCCCCUAAUCUCCUGCAGAAGAAGACAGUUCGAUUUAACCCAAUACGAGCGGACGGAUGCCAAGUUUGGGAGUCUUUCGCUGGCCUCCAAGGGCUGGCUGCACAACAAAUCCAAGGGAGACUUCUUCAUUCUGAACGCCAGCGUGCGAGGUGAGGAACUCCAGCAAGAAAUGCAGGCUGUCGACGAGUUCCUUGAGAGCACGGGGAUGCGUAUUCAUCCCCAACUCCUGGAGAACUUGCGCGUCGAGCUGGGCAUCAAACUACUGACGGGAAUCCAAAAGCAGGGAAUGCCCGUUGUCCAUGGAAAGGAGCACUGCCUGAUUGCCGCUGAAACUGGGUGUGGAAAAACCAUCACAUAUCUCCUGCCCAUCUUGGACAAACUCCUCCAGAAAGAAGUGGUCACCGAGCGAAAACUCAACACCCCCCGCAUCUUGAUCCUCACUCCCGGCAGAGAACUAGCCACGCAGAUUGCUGGGGUCACGGAGAAGCUCACCCAGGGCACCAAUCUCAAAGUGCAAUCUUUACUUGGCGGGAAUACCAAGCAGCUUAUGAUGAAUCCACAGUUCGAGGAGGUGGACAUACUGGUGGCCACUCUGGGGGCACUUAGCAAACUUGUGACCACUGGCAUCUACCGCAUGGAGCAGGUUCGACACCUGGUUCUAGACGAAGCGGACACCCUGCUGGAUGAUACAUUCACGGACAAGCUCUCCUACUUUCUCAGGAGAUUUCCCUUCCACUUGGUAGAAAAGGAGGAUGCUGGCACCCAGAUGAUCCUGGCCUCGGCCACCAUGCCCACGAACACCCGAGAGAUCCUUCACAAAGUCAUCGACGUAGACACCAUCCGUGAGGUGGUUAGUCCGCACCUGCAUCGACUGAUGCCUCAUGUGACGCAGAAGUUUCUGCGCCUGUCAAAGGCCGAUCGCCCCGCCACACUCAUGUCACUCGUGAAGCAUGAUCUUGCCAAGCGUCGCCCUCUAAUCGUGUUCAGCAACAAGUCCACCACCAGUGACUUCGUUUCCAUCUUCCUGAACAACAGCGGAGUGAACUGCUUAAAUCUGAAUGGGGAUAUGCUGAUGAAGAUCCGUCUGGGCCGCUUCGAGCAGUUCCAAAACGGUCACUGCGACGUCCUUUCCACAACCGAUGUGGGAAGUCGCGGCCUGGAUACCACACGAGCUCGACAUGUGGUCAACUUUGACUUCCCGCUCCACGUCUCCGAUUAUAUCCACCGUUGUGGCAGGAUCGGGCGAGUGGGUAACAUGGACAAGGCGCUAGUCACGAACCUCAUAUCAUCGCGCCGCGAAAUCGACGUCGUCCAGCGGAUUGAGCACGCAGCUCGAACAGGUGGACUUCUGCCAGAUGUUAAUGCCAACAUCCGAAACAUUAUCAACAAGCGGAUUGUGGCCGAGAUGAAGGCUGCGGGAAUGCCCGUACCCGCUUUGGGCUCACAAAAUGGACAUACGUCUCAGGAAGAAGCCUUUUAGUUCUGUGUUUUUAUGUAUUACGAGUAAAGUUGUAUCACCUUUCGAAAGACCGAAGAGGCAGUUUAAAGUAAA